UUUUAUCCAUGUAUUAUAUUCAUACCUCAUUCAUAUAAAUGUACAUAUACAUGUAUUGACUUUCAUUCGAGUAAGCCAAUGCUACAGUUUUUCAAACUUUUGAAGACUAUAUUUUUGUUUUAGUGAGAAGAGAGGUGAAAUUUUUCUUUGUGAUAUGGCUGAUACUGACUGGGGAAAAUGUAUGCUUAUAUUUCAAAUAUUUCUACCUACUGCAUUUGCAAAUAUGGAGGCAGCCAUUGGUAGAAUUGUUGACAGUUUGAGCCAAACGUAUACUCAGGAUAUAAAUGAAUCCUUGGUUGUUGUAUCAUUGACGGUCAGCAUUGCAAACAUUCUUCGGGCAUACCUAUCACCAAACCAGGCGAGCCAGGGAUUUAUCACAUUGGUCAAAUCAAAGGUUGACUUAAAGAAAGGACUUAUUUUUGUGAUUUUCAGUAGCACCAUCACAGCAGGAAUUUUCCUUUUGAUUGGUCUUACACCAGUGGGAUAUAUCAUCCAAGAGCUAUUUCGUAUUACUAAUAAACAACUUGAAGAAGUUCAAUUUGGCAUAGCAUGUUACAGUUUGCAAUCUAUGAUCCUAAACAUUGGGUCUGGAAUCCAUGGGUUAUUAUUAAUGAAAAAACACACCUAUUUUUGUCUCUUCGCUGAGAUUUUGACAUUCAUUUCAAAAAUAGGAUGUGCUUUUUCUCUCAUGGCUACACCCUUAAUAACUAGAAGACCAAUUUUGAUACCUAUAAUAUCAGCAUAUGCUGCAGCUCUGGUUUAUCUUCUCUUAAGCUUUAUAGGAUAUAAAAUAUACUUGAUCAAUGAUCUACCAGCUGAAAGUACAAUUAACCUGACAUACCAUCAAAUGUUUAAAGUAACGCUACCCCUAGGACUACAAGAAUUGAUUGAAAGAUGUGAAACUAAUAUUCUCAGCUUUACAGUUGCACAACUCACGCCAUCUGGAUCUAUGCGGAGUAAGGCACUGGCAAACGUUUACAUUCUUCAUUCAUCAUUUUACUCAUUGCGAAGGAUAUUAACCAGUAUUUCAACAAUGGUACCAGCAUACCUUGCAUCUGGGGUUAACUCAUCAUUACAUUUCGACAAUGAACUAGUUAUCUCCACUUCAAUGAUUGCAUUUGUUUUAUUUUUGAUUUCAAUUUCAAUGUGCUGGAUUACUCCCAUUACAAGGGUUAUAUUUCUAUAUUUAUUUCACAUUUCUGAAGAAAAUUUCAUUGCAGUAUACUAUCCCUUUAAGUUGUACACAUUCUGGCCAAUUAUACAAACAUUUGCUUUGUUUUCAUUUGGAGUUUUACUGCACAAGAAAGACACUAAGAUGUCAAUAGUGAGUUCUGCUUGCCAAGUCAUUAUAUUGGGUUGUCUACCACUUGCUUUAGAUCAUCUUGGGUUUGAUAUUUUACUGUCUUCAGUAAUGGCUUUGUUUACUGCUCAGACAACUACUGCAGGUAUACUUUUCUCAUAUCUUUUUUUCAAGUAUUUAAGAAAAUCUGAAUCACAUUUAAAGCAAGUAUGAAAUUAGGUUGAUGCUGACAUUAUUCCAUGUGUAACCCUGCCUAUUACUUCAUCCAUGUAUUAGUAUUACAUUAUAUUAUUGGAAUAAAGUUUAAAAUGGUGUACCAUC